UUUAAUGAGUUAUUAUUUUUUUUUAGAGUUUGAGCGUCUUGGAACUUCUUAGCGUGAGUUUUUAUUUUUUUUAGGGUUUGGGGUGUUUUGGGAUUAUGGUAAAGUGGUAAUGGUAUUUUCGGGAGUUACUAAGAGAAAAUAGGAAUGAGAAUCGUAUCAACCACGCCCACCUAGUUGAUCUGAUACUUAGUUCUGAGGGAAUGUGAUUACGGAAUUUGAGAUGGAGCCCACUUAUUUUUUCAUUCUUGAUUACAAGUAAACGCAGGGAAAGUCGGGAAUGUAAAUCAUUCCCUUUCCUCCCAUACCCAUUACUAAUACGUAAACAUGCCCUAAACCGAAUAGUGAUAAGAUUUGCUUACUUGAUUCAAAUUUGUGGGCCGAUUUGUUUGGAAAACGUAACAGAGCAUAGGCUAGUUGUAAAAGAAAAAAAAAGAGGGGGGUAAGGAUAAGAAAAAUAUGAAUAAAACCGCCUCAAAAAAUUAGAGAUAAUUAGGUGGAGUGGCCGAGUGGGUAUUGGCAGUUGCUAAAAAAAUAAAAAAAUAAAAAACAGUUGAGAGUGGAAAGUAGAAAGAAAGAAUGUCGAACGCCGUGGCGAAUGGGCUGGCAGGAGCUGGAGGUGGCAUGAUUGCCCAGAUUAUCACUUAUCCCCUCCAAACAGUCAAUACGCGCCAACAAACCGAGAGAGUUGCCAAGAAAUCCUUAGCUAACUCCAAACGCCUUGGGACUCUUGUUCAAAUCCUCCAGGUAAUACGAAGCGACGGUUGGGGAGGACUAUACAGCGGCCUUAAGCCUUCUCUGCUUGGGACUGCCGCUUCACAGGGCAUCUAUUACUAUUUUUAUCAGGUUUUCAAAAACAAGGCUGAGGCCAUUGCAGUUGCCCGGAAAGCAAAAGGACAUGGGGAUGGUACUGUUGGGAUGUUUUCUUGGCUUCUUGUGGCGGCUUUAGCUGGUUCCCUGAACGUGUUGCUGACAAAUCCUAUAUGGGUUCUUGUGACUCGUAUGCAGACACAUACGCAAGCUGAGAGAAAAAUUAUGGAGGAAAGAAAGGAAGCACUCGUAAAGGAAGCUUCUGAAAACUCUUUGACAGGUUCAGAAUUGCAAGUUAAAUUGGCUGAACUUGAUUCAAUAAAACCUCAUCCUUAUGGAACUUGGCAAGCGGUAAACGAGGUUUAUUCUGAAGCCAAGAUUACCGGAUUUUGGAAAGGGAUUGUCCCAACGCUUAUAAUGGUUUGCAACCCAGCAAUACAGUUCAUGAUUUAUGAAAGCUCCUUGAAGCAUCUUAGGGCAAAACGUGCUGACAGAAAGCAAGGAUCAAAAAAUAUAACUGCUUUGGAGGUCUUCUUGUUAGGGGCCUUGGCAAAACUAGGCGCAACUAUCUCAACCUAUCCGUUGUUAGUUGUCAAGUCAAGGCUGCAAGCAAAGCAGGAGAUUGGCGGGAAUAUUUCACUAAGAUACUCAGGUACUGUUGAUGCUAUAAGGAAGAUGAUCCAGUAUGAAGGAUUGCCUGGGUUUUACAAAGGGAUGAGCACAAAGAUAGCACAGAGUGUUUUUGCUGCUUCUGUACUUUUUAUGGUUAAGGAGGAACUCCUCAAGAUUUAUACGUUGCUGGCAGAUAAGUGCAAUAAAGUUCUGCUUAGUUCAGCAAAAUAAUUACUUCAGUGUAAGAUGAAAUUGUGUCCUUGAUCAAAAUCUGCAUUAUUUAUAAACUCUGUGCAAUAUUUACUUUUCAACACACACACACACGUGUAUGCAUAUUGCUAUACCCAUUCUGGGAAACCCCAUGGGUCAAAGGUUCAGAAUGUGAUGCGUGUACAUUGUCUACAAUAAACAUAAAUAUGAUCUAUAUUUGUUUGCA